AUGCUCACGUCUGGAAUGGAGGAGACCAAUAUAAGCACUAGUAAAUCAUCCAACGUCCCCAAAGUGAAAUCCAAGACACCAAAUAGUAAGAAGCAGCACCAGCAACAACAGCAACAGAAAACCCAGAAUCCAGUGGUCGAAGAAGCACCAACAGCUUCAGCAGUAAUCAGUAAUAGUAAUAAUAUAGCACCCAUCAUGCCAUCGCUACCGUCUGCCAAUCAUCUGGUCAAUGGAAAUAUAAAUACUCGCCAGCAACAAAAUCCAUCACCGACAUCAGAAGCACCAAUGCACAUCACGAAUAAUACCAGUAGUAGCCCGUCGCCUAAUAUGAUGCAACCACCACAACCAUCCUACAAUGAUAUUCUCUGCUCCCACAUGUAUCGAUAUGGCUUCAUCCAAGGAUUGUACUCGGAUCUUACCGUAUUUGUUAGAUUGUCUGGAGACCAGGUCGUCAACUUCAAGCUACAUAAAAUCCUUGCUAUAAGAUCUCCUCUCUUGAAUGCCUUGAUACAACAACAAGACAAUGGACUACAUCCCCAAGAAAUCACUCUACCUAUGAUGGAUCCAAACUUCACCUAUGAGGGCUUGUCUGUUGCAUUUGGGUAUCUGUAUGGAUCCUACUCUGAAGGAAACUUGGCUAGCCCUACUGUAUCUUCUGACGAACGAUCCAUCCGAUACCGAGCUACGCUUGCAGCGGCUGUGCAUUUGCAGUUGAAUGAAUUGGCAUCAUCAGUGACGAAUCUGAUCAAGAAUGAAAUCUCACGAAUGACCCUAGUUGGAUAUUGUGCCUUCUUGCUACAAACAGACUUGGCUCCAUAUCAACAAUUUGCACAAGAGAUUCGGGACGCGGUAUUUACUUAUUUGGCCAAAGGAUCUAUACGUGAAGCAUUCGAAUGUACUGGAUCGCCAAUACCUGCUACUCCCACACUAUGGCCGAAAUCAGAUACUGAACCAUAUCGUGUAUUGGUCAGCAUAUUUUGUGACUUGCCAUUCGAGUGGUUGAAACGAGUGGUUGAGUCCAAAUCGUUUGAUGUGCCGUCUGGGCAAGAGAGGUACAUAUUCGCCAAAGAAGUCAUUCAAAGACGAGCAAAAGGCCUCGCUAUUCAUACCCCGCCUGGUGAAGAAAACGUCUUGUUGGCAUUCGGUGGCGGGGACUCCGGAAUCAGCAUCGUGAGGAAGUCAGCCGCCAAAGGUGGUAUGCCUCAAAUGAGACCAGGAAGCGAUGGUUCUAGGAAGUGA